ACACACACACACACUUUGCAUUUUAACAAACACAAGGAGUGAGGAGAUGUCAAACAUAGACAUAGAAGGGAUCUUGAAGCAGUUGCCACACGAUGGCCGAGUUCCGAAGACGAAGAUCGUGUGCACGCUUGGACCCGCUUCCAGAUCCGUCGAGAUGCUCGAGAAGCUUCUAAGGGCUGGCAUGAACGUUGCCAGGUUCAAUUUCUCCCAUGGCACCCACGAGUACCAUCAGCAGACUCUUGAUACUCUUAGGAUUGCCAUGCACAACACUGGUAUCCUCUGUGCCGUCAUGCUUGACACCAAGGGCCCUGAGAUUCGAACUGGUUUUCUAAAAGAUGGAAAACCUAUUCAACUCAAGGAAGGACAAGAAAUCACCAUUACUACUGAUUAUACUAUUAAGGGUGAUCCAGAGAUGAUAUCAAUGAGUUACAAGAAGCUGCCUAUUGAUUUGAAGCCCGGAAAUGUCAUAUUGUGUUCUGAUGGAACAAUCACCCUCACUGUCUUAUCCUGUGAUCCGGGUGCUGGUACUGUUAAGUGCCGUUGUGAAAACACUGCCAUGCUGGGUGAGAGGAAAAAUGUUAAUCUUCCUGGUGUUGUGGUGGAUCUUCCCACUCUUACUGAGAAGGAUAAGGAAGACAUUCUUCAAUGGGGUGUCCCUAACAAGAUUGACAUGAUUGCUCUUUCAUUUGUUCGUAAGGGUUCAGAUCUUGUUAAUGUCCGGAAGGUUCUUGGACAACAUGCAAAGCAUAUUAUGUUGAUGUCAAAGGUUGAGAAUCAGGAGGGAGUCAUGAAUUUUGAUGAUAUUCUGCGCGAGACCGAUGCAUUCAUGGUUGCUCGUGGUGACCUUGGAAUGGAGAUCCCAGUAGAAAAGAUUUUCCUGGCGCAGAAAAUGAUGAUAUACAAGUGUAAUCAUGCUGGAAAACCUGUUGUCACUGCUACCCAGAUGCUUGAAUCAAUGAUCAAGUCUCCCCGGCCAACCCGAGCCGAAGCAACUGAUGUUGCCAAUGCAGUUCUUGAUGGAACAGAUUGUGUCAUGCUUAGUGGUGAAAGCGCAGCCGGGGCUUACCCUGAGAUCGCUGUGAAAAUCAUGGCCCGGAUAUGUAUUGAGGCAGAAUCAUCACUAGAUUACAAUGCAAUCUUCAAGGAGAUGAUAAGGGCUACUCCUCUACCGAUGAGUCCAUUGGAAAGUCUUGCAUCAUCUGCCGUCCGCACGGCGAACAAGGCCAAAGCCAAACUCAUCGUUGUGCUGACACGUGGUGGCACUACAGCCAAGUUGGUCGCCAAGUAUAGGCCGGCUGUUCCGAUAUUGUCAGUGGUGGUUCCGGUUUUGACAACUGACUCAUUCGACUGGAGCAUCAGUGAUGAGACACCAGCAAGGCACAGCUUAAUAUACAGAGGCUUGAUUCCUGUAUUGGCUGAGGGAUCUGCAAAAGCCACUGAUGCAGAAUCUACAGAAGUGAUUCUUGAAGCUGCUCUUAAAUCUGCAACUCAAAAAGGGCUUUGCAAGCCUGGUGAUGCAGUUGUUGCACUACAUCGCAUUGGAGUUGCCUCUGUUAUUAAGAUCUGCAUAGUUAAAUGAUUCAAUCCAAGAUAUGAUGCUGAAAUGUGUUAUUUGCCCUGAGAGGCACCAACUCAUGAAGGGUUAUGUUUUGGCUUUUAUUUAUUAUUAAAACUAUUGUGGUGUCUGUUCUUCCAUAAGAUGAAGGAUUUAACCUAUUAGCUUUAGAAAAGCAGGUUUUUGUAUUCUCUGUUGAUAAGAGGAAUACUUAUAAAUUUCGGAUUGGUAUGAAAAUAAACAAACAUGUAUUAUUACCCUUGCAUUUUGAGAUAUGAUAACUUGUGUUAUCCUAUUGAAUGUAGUGGAGUAGUGGAGUACUUUGAUUU